AUGAAAUCCAUCAUUAUGUUUUAUUUGUUAUUCAUCUUAACUAUUGUUAUUCCAUAUACUUUUUCAUAUGGUAAUCAUAAAUCACCUCUAUACCGUUUGUUACAAAAUCCGAUACACACAAGUGCCGAUACCUUGGCAUUACCAAUCGAGAAUGAUAAAGAUGAAUCAAGUUUAGUUGAACAAAUGAAUUCAAUGAAUGAAGAACAAAAUCAUAUACAGAUUCGAAAGAAUAUGGAUUCAGAUGAAUACUACUAUUUUAAAUGGGCAAGUAAAAACCGUCGACCGAUUGAAUUUUUAACAGGACGAAAACGUGAAGCAGAUAAGUUUAUGAUACCACCACGUGCUCGACGUAUUAAUGGUGGUCUAUGGCGUAGUGGACUUGUUGGCUAA